AUGUGGCGGCUGCUGAGUCGCGCCAGCCCCCUGCGGGCGCCCCUGGCAGGUGCCUGGGCCGCGCCGCCCGCCCGUGCCGGCCUCAAGACGCUGCUCCCGGUGCCAACUUUCGAGGAUGUUUCCAUUCCUGAGAGGCCCAAGCUUAGAUUUGUGGAAAGAGUACCGCUUGUGCCAAAAGUAAGACGAGAACACAAAAACUUGAGGGACAUACGGGGACCUUCAACUGAAGCUACUGAGUUCACAGAAGGCAACUUUGCAAUCUUGGCGUUGGGUGGCGGUUACCUCCACUGGGGCCAUUUUGAAAUGAUGCGCCUGACAAUCAACCGCUCCAUGGACCCCAAGAGCAUGUUUGCCCUGUGGCGAGUACCGGCCCCUUUCAAGCCCAUCACGCGCAAGGGCGUGGGGCAGCGCAUGGGGGGUGGCAAAGGCGCCAUUGAUCACUACGUGACCCCCGUCAAGGCCGGCCGCCUCAUUGUGGAGCUGGGCGGGCGCUGUGAAUUCAAAGAGGUGCAAGGCUUCCUGAACCAGGUGGCGCACAAGCUGCCCUUCCAGGCCAAGGCUGUGAGUCGCGAGACCCUGGAGAAGAUGCGAAAAGAUCAAGAGGAACGGGAGCGGAACAACCAGAACCCCUGGACCUUCGAGCGCAUCGCCAGUGCCAACAUGCUGGGGAUACGGAAGGUGCUGAGCCCCUACGACCUGACUCAGAAGGGGCGGUACUGGGGCAAGUUCUACCUGCCUGAGCGUGUGUAGUGAGGGCGUGAGAUGUGUGCACGGGCUGAGGAGGGAUCUGAACACUACCCUUAGCCUGCGGCUAACCCUGGUGGCAUGUGAAGGAGAUCUGUGAAGCUGGUAUCUUCUUAAAGUGCGAUAUAUUUAUAUUAAAGUUUGAGCGUCACCUCAGGAUUUAACUUCUCGUUGGUGAAUCUUGAUUAAA